AUGGAGCGCGCCGUGGCCUACGGCUUCUCGGCCGCCAUGAGCGGCGCGCUGCUGCUCUCGUGCCUGCUCUUCGCGGCGCUCAACCGGCGCCAACGCGCGCCCUACAUGGACGAGGCCUUCCACGUGCCGCAGGCGCAGGCCUACUGCGAGGGCCGCUUCGGGCAGUGGGACCCCAUGAUCACCACCCUGCCCGGCCUCUACCUGGUGUCCGUGGGCGUCGCGCGGCCCCUGGCCUGGCUCUUYGGCUGGACGGGCUCCAUCGCCUGCUCCACCGGGAUGCUCCGCUUCAUCAACCUGCUCUUCAGCGUCGGGAACUUCUACUUGCUCUACCUGCUCUUCUCCAGGCUGCAUCCCAAAAGCAAGGCCGUGUCUGGUUUCCAGAGAAUCUUGUCUACAUUAACUCUUACACUGUUUCCCACACUUUAUUUUUUUACAUUCCUUUAUUAUACGGACCCAGGAUCAGUAUUUUUUACUCUCUUUUCAUAUUUAAUGUGCCUUUAUGGUAACCAUAAAACUUCAGCUCUGCUUGGAUUUUGUGGCUUCAUGUUUCGUCAGACAAAUAUUGUGUGGACAGUUUUUUGUGCAGGAAAUGUCGUUGCAGAAAAGCUGAAUGAAGUCUGGAAGACAGAGUUACUGAAAAAAAAAGAUGAAAAAAUUUCCUUCAUUAAAGGAUCAUUUUCAGAUCUGAUCAGAGUAUUACGCUUUCUUACUGAAUACCUCAUAUCAGCUCAAAAUCUAAUUAAGCUUAUUGCUUUAACUUGGCCAUACGUCCUAGUAGUAGUUGUGUUCUUUGCUUUUGUCUUCAUCAAUGGUGGAAUAGUUGUUGGUGACAGAAGUAGCCAUGAGGCCUGUUUGCACUUUCCUCAGCUCUUCUAUUUUCUGUCCUUUACUCUCUUUUUUUCCUUCCCCCAUUUAUUGACCCCUACUAAAGUCAAGAAAUUCCUCAAGACCUUACGGAAGUACCCUCUGCGGUACUGCUUAAUUGCUGUCAUCUCCAUAUUCCUCAUCUGGAAAUUCACCUAUGUUCAUAAAUAUUUACUAGCAGAUAACAGGCAUUAUACAUUCUAUGUCUGGAGAAAAGUCUUCCAAAGACAUGAGCUUGUAAAAUAUAUGUUAGUUCCAGUGUAUAUGUUUGCUGGCUGGAGUUUUGCUGAUAACUUGAAAUCAAAACCAAUAUUCUGGAUUUUAGUGUAUUUUGUGUGUUUAUUUGCUGUUAUAGUUCCUCAAAAGUUGCUAGAAUUUCGUUACUUUAUUUUGCCGUACUUAAUAUACAGGCUGAAUAUUCCAUUUCCAUCUCUUUAUAAACAACUCUUAGAGCUGGUUUUAUAUAUUUUUGUGAAUGUAGCAACAUUUUAUCUUUUUCUAAACAAAACAUUUCAAUGGCCAAAUAGUGAAGAAGAACAGAGGUUUAUGUGGUGAUUUUUUUUUGGUAGCUUUAUUCCAUUAGGAAAACCCAGUUCUGUUUCAGGACUGUAGACCCUGGAAUAAAACAGUGUGCAUUACAUUAUGUAUUUUUUUUCCCAUUGGGAAYGAGGGAUAGAAAUUAAUCAGUUACCUAUUUCCAUGGAACUGAAUGUGAGAAUGGUAUCUGUUGAAUUUUUGAGGUGCAGGAUUAAAUUUGGAAUUAGGGAAAUUUCAGAAAAGCUUUUUGUAAAUACUGUGAAACGAGGGAGAUGUUUACAGCCAUAUUUCAUGAUAAUCAUGUAUUCUAUAGCAUACUUUUGAAGGUAUGACAGUUCAUAAGUAUCAUUUGGAGGUGUACUUUAAAAUAAAGUAUUUAAGUGUUUAAGCUGUUUUUUUUUUUCACCUGGGUACAUAUUUACUGCUCAGCACAGGCCAUUUACAUCUGUGUCUGCUAAAGGCCAAGGUAUGAAACCCUACUAAAAUGCAACAUUCUGAAAAACACCUACAUCCCAAUGAAUUUUCAUGAGUUGUUGGUCAGGAAAUGCAUGCUGCAGUUUUGCAGAGUGUAGGCUCUUAAAUCAUUGAGACGU